GAAGAGCUUUGAAUCUGAUCUUGAUAUUAAAAGAAGAGAUGAAAAUCAGUUGGAUUAAAAAGAACUGGCUUCUUGUAGCUGGGGUAUCUUUCAUAGGUAUCCAUGUUGGGACAUACAUUAUACAGAGGACUGCAAAAGAGUCUGUAAAAUCCCAGUCUGGAGGCAAACCAAAGCAAAUUGAAGAAUGAAGUAAAAUAAAUAUUUCGAAUUACUAAUAUGUCAUUAAAUCAUUAUAUGCUGAUUAGCUUCAUAAACAUGAGGUCUUUAAUUUUAUAACCCCAAUACUACACAUUCAGUCUCUUAUUCUUGAAGAGUAAUUUUUUUAAUCGUUAAAACCCGUGACAAUGUAAUAUAUGGGAAGUAACGUUAACAAAAUAAAAGCUGUCUUCACAAGUUACCGUCUGAAGUAAGAUGUCACGUUUUGAAGCUAAAAAGCCCUCGGUGUGUAAAAGUGAACCACUGACAAGUGAGAGAGUAAGGGCCACACUUGCUCUCUUCAAAGGAAUCGUAACGUCGUGCUAUGGCCCUUCAGGGAGGCUGAAGCAGCUACACAAUGGCAUUGGAGGCUCUGUGUGCACAACCUCACAGUCAUCAGCCCUGCUCGGUUGCCUUUCAGUCACCCAUCCCAUGUUAAAGAUCCUGACAGCUUCCAUCCAGAAUCAUGUGUCAAGCUUCAGUGAUUGUGGCUUAUUCACAGCCAUUCUUUGCUGCAACCUGAUUGAAAAUGUUCAGAGAAUAGAUUUGCCACUCACCACUGUCAUUAGAUUAAAUAAGCACCUUUUGAGCCUCUGCACCAGUUAUCUUAAGUCUGAGGUCUGUGGUUGUCAUGUCCCUGUCGACUUUGGUAGUACACACAUCCUCCUUUGUUUGGUGCACAGUAUAUUAACGAGUAAACCUGCCUGUAUGCUCACCACAAAGGAAAUAGAUCACAUCAGUACUUUGAUUCUGAGAGCCUUUUUGCUUACAAUUCCAGAAAAAGCUGAAGAGCACAUCAUUUUAGGAAAGAGUAUAAUUGUACCUUUAAAAGGUCAGAGAGUUAUAGAUUCCACUCUGUUACCUGGAAUUCUCAUUGAAAUAUCAGAAGUUCAGUUGAUGAGGAUGUUACCUAUCAAAAAAUCAAGUGCCCUCAAGGUGGCACUCUUCUGUGCAUCUUUAUCUGGAGACCUUUCUGACACUGGAGAAGGAACUGUGGUGGUCAGUUACGGAGUUUCUCUAGAAAAUGCAGUCCUGGACCAGCUGCUUAACCUAGGAAGGCAGCUGAUUAGUGACCACGUAGAUCUUGUAAUGUGCCAAAAAGUCAUACACCCAUCACUGAAACAGUUUCUCAGCACACAUCAUGUUAUUGCCAUAGACAGAGUAGGAGUGGCCCUGAUGGAGCCCCUGAAGAAAAUGACAGGAACACAACCUAUUGGUUCCCUGAGCUCAGUCUCUCCUAGUAGUUAUGGAAGUGUGAAAGAUUUGUGCUUUGCAAAAUUUGGCUCCAAACAGUUUUUUCAUCUUGUUCCUAAUGAAGUGACUGUCUGCAGUUUGCUUCUCUGCAACAGAAAUGAAACUGCCUGGGAUGAGCUGAAGCGCACAUGUCAAACAGCACUGCAUGUAUUGCAGUUAACAAUCAAGCAACCAUCAGUUUUGUUGGGAGGUGGCUGUACUGAAACUCAUUUGGCUGCAUAUAUCAGACACAAGAUUCUUAACCAGCCAGAAAGCAUUCUCAAAGAUGGUGGAUGUACUCAAACAGAACUUCAACUCAUUGCAGAAGCAUUUUGCAGUGCUCUCGAAUCUCUCGCUGGCACUUUAGAGCAUGAUGGAGGUGAAAUUCUCAUUGACAUGAAGUAUGGACACUUGUGGUCAGUUCCUUCAAAUUCUCCCUCUGUUGGUAACUGGCCAGAUUUGCUUUCAAGGUGUGGCUGUGGAUUAUACAGCAACCAGGAAGAACUAAGCUGGUCUUUGUUAAGAAGCAACCGUCAUCAUUUUGCCCCACAAAACUGCCUCCCACCUGAAGCUGCUGACUCAGUCGUCAAUCUGACUUUGGACUGCUUUACUGCUAAGCUUAGUGGCCUGCAGGUAGCUGUGGAGACAGCCAAUUUGAUUUUGGAUCUUGCAUAUGUCAUUGAAGAUAAAAAUUAACAUAAAAAAAUAGCAUGUUUCUUGUUUUAAAAAUACUAGUCAAUCAAGAAAAAUAUUGAAUGUAUUCAUUAUCUCACAAUAUUCCUUUUUUUGCAUAUUUGGAUAGAUGAUUCAAAAAAUUAUAGAUUUACUUAUUUAAGGAAAGAAGUAUGAUUUUUGAAUAGUAAUGUCAUAGAAUAAUAAAAAUAUGAAACUCUUA